AUGGGGAACGGCAGCACCGGGACCGCUCCGGGCGACGGUACCGGGCUGCCACCGCCACCUCCAACACCACCGCCGGGAGGUCAGAACGUGGCCGCCCUGGUGCUGGGCAUCGUCCUCAUCCUGCUCAUCGUGGCGGGCAAUGGGCUGGUCUGUCUCAGCGUCUGCACCGAGCGGGCUCUGAAGACCACCACCAACUACUUCAUCGUCAGCCUCGCUGUUGCCGACCUCCUGCUCGCCCUCCUCGUCCUGCCCCUCUACGUCUACUCCGAGUUCCAGGGAGGUGUGUGGUCCCUCAGCACAGUGCUGUGUGAUGCCCUGAUGACCAUGGACGUGAUGCUGUGCACAGCCUCCAUCUUCAACCUGUGUGCUAUCAGUGUGGAUCGCUUCAUCGCUGUCUCGGUCCCACUGAACUACAACCGGCGGCAGCUGGACCUGCGGCAGCUGGUGCUGAUCGCUACCACCUGGGUGUUCGCCUUCGCCGUCGCCUCCCCGGUCAUCUUCGGCCUCAACAACGUCCCUGGCAGGGACCCCACCUUGUGUCAGCUGGAGGAUGACAACUACAUCGUGUACUCCUCCAUCUGCUCCUUCUUCAUCCCCUGCCCUGUCAUGCUGGUGCUCUACUGCGCCAUGUUCCAAGGACUCAAGCGCUGGGAAGAAGCUCGGAAGGCCAAGCUGAGGGGCAGCAUCUAUGGGGGCAACAGGAAGCUCUACCAGCCCACCACCUUCAUUGAGAGGGAGCAGAGCGGGCUGGAGCCAGGGCAGUGCAGCCCCUAUGCCAGCUCUGCCCACCCCAGGGACUAUGUGAUGCACAAUGGGAUCCAGACUGUCUCGCACCCCCAGCUCAAGUACCCCAACCCAGGACACAGUCGGAAGAGGGCCAAGAUCAAUGGCAGGGAGCAGAAGGCCAUGCGAGUGCUGCCAGUCGUGGUCGGUGCUUUCCUCUUCUGCUGGACACCUUUUUUUGUGGUCCACAUCACCAGGGCUCUCUGCAAGUCCUGCAGCAUUCCCACUCAAGUCACCAGCACCGUCACCUGGCUGGGGUACGUUAACAGCGCUCUCAACCCCAUCAUCUACACCGUCUUCAACGCCGAGUUCAGGAACUUCUUCCGCAAAGUCUUGCACCUCUUCUGCUGA